AAAACAGAAACAGAGGCUCUAACGUCACCAGGUUCUACACUGGAAAUGUGUCUGCCUUUGGAUUUCACAACAUACUGCAGAGCGACUUGGAAAACAUGAAAACUGAGAGGGGGGACUUGAAUUUGCCUUACAGCUCUACACUUGUAUGGCUUGCAGGGACAGCAAACUACGUGGUUUGGAUAAGAGGAGCACACAGAGUUUGACACCUUUGCAGUCCCAGAAAGUCGGCCAGCAUGUCAUCCAACUCCACGGCCGAUAAUCUGUGCGCACCGGACGACAACCUCUGUAUUGUCAAAGAGCAUCUGCAAGCAGUGAUCAUCGUCCCUACGCUGCUCCUGCUGGGGACUCUGGUCACCUUACUAGCACUGCUCUUACUGAGGUAUUGUCCUGAACGGAAGCAGACACGAAUCGCAGCCAUUCAACGCUACCACACCUCAUCGCACAGACACACGCAAAGACACAGCCACAGACAUCACCUACAGGGCAUUGAUGCACCAGCAGGUAUUAACCCACUAGAACAUGAAGAGCUGCCGAUGUCCAUUCAACAUGUGCAGCAGAAUGUAAGACCGACUCUGACUGCAGUACCACAAAUGUCCACAGAGAGGCAUCACGGUGCCUUCAGCCAGAUCACUGCCAUGCCAGUGUCCUUCUCCAUCAAGCCCAAUGACACAGCCACCCUCCACAGAGCCCGCAUGGACAACAGAAAUGUCAUCCUGAGGGUGCUCAAAGAAACGGCAAACAGCAGUGAGAAGCAGCACUUUCUGGGUUUUGCUUCAUUCAUGUCCGGACUGGGGUCACACCCCUUCCUACCUGAACUGCUAGGUGUGGUUUCAGCUCAAUCGCCCCUGACGAUGGUUAUGGAGGAGCUGCAGCACAGAGAUCUGCUGGGGUACCUGUGGAGAUGUCGAAAGGAUAAUGUGGGUUUAGAGUCUCCAUGUGAGAUGACAGAGAAGAGGAUCUUCACCAUGGCAGGACAAGUGGCCUCUGCCCUGGAGUACCUGCACAGUCAGAGCUGCAUCCAUGGCAACAUAGGAGCUCGCAGUGUUCUGGUUGGUGGAGAUCUGACAGCAAAGCUGUGGGGAUUAGGCUCGGCCUACCGCAGAAGAACACAGGCCAAUUCACCGGGGGAAGUUGGGGACAUGGAGAUGAGGAAGUGGCAGGCACCUGAAGUGCUGAGCAGGAGAGUCUUCAGUCACAGCAGUGACGUGUGGUCCUUUGGUGUCCUGCUCUAUGAAAUGGCCACAUUGGGUGACCCACCGUUUGCCCAGAUCAUGGCAACAGAACUACUGCAGCAUCUACAAAGAGGAAAACAUCUCAAAAGGCCAACCACCUGCUCCAACUCACUGUACUCCAUUAUCCGGGGCUGCUGCCAUUGGCGCCCAGACCAGCGUCCGACAAUGCCGGAGCUCAUCAGACAAUUACAGAGUGGAGAGAAAUCAGCCAACGGGAGAACAGUUCUCAGAGUGCCUGAACCAAUAGACAUCGAGAACUACCUGAGAGAGGCGGGAUAUGGAGAGGCCUUCAACUAUGCUGUGCUCUGAUUGGCUAAGAAUUACAUCAGUCAAACGCUGCUGUUUUCAUAUGAAGUAGUGCACUAGAAUAAAUAGGGGCUCUGCUAUGAAGGACUGAUCAAAGGAAGGACUACUUCAAGAAUGAAUGAAAAACAACAUUAUCAGGAAAAUGCACAUUGUUUAUGAAAUGCAAUUUUUUUUUCUUUUAUACUUUAUAUUUUAUACUGUUGUACUGAAUACGGAGGCGUAUGGC